GUUCCAGCAAGAGAUAACAGUAAGUACAUAGUCCACGAGACCGCGUCAGACACUCUCCGCCGGUCAGUUUACCGUGACACCCGAUUGUGACGUUAUUUUCUUCGGCCGUGUUUCCGUAAAAUUGUCUCGCAUUAUUUGACCCUCGAAUCGUUCCUCGAUUUUUUUUUUUUUCUAUUCACGUAAACGUUCCGCAAAUAUUAUUGCUACAGGUGUUCCCGAGUCUGACGUCAUUUUCUUCGGCCGUGUUCUAUUAACGUAAACCGUUGAACCGUUUCCGUAAAAUUACGUCUCGCAUUUAUUAUUCGCCUUCGUUUUAUUUCGAUUCCUGUCCCCUGACGCCGGCCGUCACUUGUCGCUGGCAUGUCUUCCGGCAAAAAUAACCGAACUGCUGAUUCUUCGUCGUCGGUUAUCGGCACUAGAACAGUGAUGAAAAAAACAUGUUUUUGUUGUCCGCAGAUGGCGGUAGAACAAACUCCGAAAAAAACUGGUAUUCAAUUUAAUCUACUCUGUUGAUAAGUAAUAUGGCUUGUGGGUCUGAGUAAAAAAAUCUACGGGCACGUGGGUCAUUUGUUCGUAACCGUCUCCGGGAUAAACCUCUUGUCGGUCAUAUUUUUGAUUUUCCCUGUUGCCGACGACCGCUUUUUUCGCGGACGCCGGACAUUGGCAUUCGGACGCGAGAAGAAAAACGUUUCUCGCUCCUCGCGUGGUACAAUAUUAUCUACGAAAUUCACGAAAUCUCGAACAUUUUUUUUUCAUAUCGUAGUAAAAACGGUAACUGGUCCUGGUGGGCUGUGCUCUGGAGGCUACACGUAAAAUGACCGCUUGUAAGGUUUUAACAGUUAUUAUAAUCGAGUGUGAAUUCGCGAUGAAGCUAUGUUAAUAUUCGCGGAGAAAAAAUAUGGAGUCAAGAAACCCCCUCCCCCUCCUCUUUUCCCCGAGGAAAAAGCCCGAAAUACGCCGCUGAUUGUACUCGAGCGGGGGAAAACGUACUGUUUUACGAUUUCAUUGUUUCAAAUAAACACGCACCGCGUUACCAGUAAUAGUUCUCCAAUGGAAAAAAUGAUUUAAGAGACAUUUUUUGUCGAAUUUUGGAUAAAUAUUCGUAGAGACUUACGAAUGUAAGAUAAUAAAAUGUUAAUGAAAUUUAGUAAACAUAUUGUUAAAAGACAUCGUAUCGGAAAUUCUCGAACAUUUCGAUAACGCAUACGUUAUAUCCAUAAAUCGGAAAUACAACAAUAUAUACCUCUUAUUUUUGUAGUUUAUAACCGAUUUUUGUUAAUUUUCAUAACUAGUAAAAAAAAAAAAAUUGUGUUAAAGCAUUUUGCUUUUGAUUUUUGUAGUUUAUCGACUAGUUUUUAUUUAUUUUAAAACGCCUUAUUUUACUUGUUACGACUAUCCAGUGGUAGGACAUUGUGUUGCCACUAUCUUUUGUAGUUGUAACCAUUAUCCGGAUUAGCAGUUGACUCUAUAUAUUUAAGGAGCUUACCGUCCCCCGCUCUGGAAACGACUGGACAUUUGGUCUUUUCUCGAUGGGUUUUAAUUCGGUCAAACAUGGAAAUAUGCGCAGUAAAUGAGUUUUGAAAACACGUGCAAUGCCGCCGGGGUACGGUUUUGCUGCUGCCACAAUAAAUCACAGUGCACCGUGUUUAAUUAUACCCAACGGGAAUAUCGCUGUUUAUAUUCUAUUUUUAGACAAUUAUAAAAUUCGUCCUUUAUCAUUAUUGUAGUUGCGUAUUUUAUUGUGGGUGGCACGGUUGGACGGGUACAAGGUUAUUGUAGAAGGCAUUUGUGUUAUCGGAGAAAAAAUAAAAAUGGCCGCGUAAAGACGCAAUCCCGUUUGUACAGGUGGAACACGUUUUAAACACUCGGUGCGCACUGAGCGCAACAUUCCGGGCGGGCGGAAAACGCUGCAAGCGCUACACUCUUUUGUUUUUUUUAUUUUUUUUCCCCAGACGAGAACGCACCGCGUGGCGCGUCGUUUAAGCUCGUUUAACACUUAUACGGUUCGGUUCGGCUCGGUGCGUAUUCGAUUCGUUUUCGGUAGCCGCCGAAAAAGUGUGAAACGAUGAUACGGUGUGUGUGUGUGUGUGUGUGUUCGGUACCUAAUAGACGACUGAUAGAACCGAAAGGGCCCCCUCGACACGAAUCGGUUUUGAUUCGGGUCCCAAGUUCACAAAAGCAAUUGGUCGUUUACACACACACACACACACACACACACACACGGUUUAGUUUCGGUUCGGUCACGAUUUCGGCAAGGGAAAAUAUUAUUUCAUUUUCUCAUUUUAAAUUUUGUUAUUUUCUUUUGGCAUUGUGUGAUUCACUUGACGUUGAUAUUGAUCGGCCAAUUUCAUCAGUCCGAUCAACGUGUAGUGGUUGUGGGAUAAAACAAGUGAAAAAAAUUAUAAAGUGAAGUCGAUUAUUCCUCUUUCGUUUUUUUGAUUCUUCUAUAGAGAAAUAACACGGUAACAAUUUGUCUUUUCUCCAUAGUGAGCGUUGUAGACAUAGUGGGCGACUGCGUAUUUGAUGAUUCGGUUGCGAAAUUGAACCUGAUGUUCGUGACUAACCGAAUGUGCGUGAACAGUUUUCAUUCGUUUCCGGCGGCUACCGAAAACGAAUCGAAUACGCACCGAACCGAACCAAACCGUAUUAGUGUGAAACGAGCCUAACGGAGGCUGAAUCACACGCCCCCGCCACAAAACUAGUGUAAAUGCAACGGGGACGUGCGCGAGUUUCGACCGGUUUUCGUCCGCCGCCCCGCGCGUUCUCGCGUUGAAAAACAGUACGGUACGAAUGGGAAUUUAUUGUGCUCAUUUCGGUAUUUUGGCACAAUUUUUCGUGACGAUUCGGGAGCGUGGAAACGUUGGAAAACUAUCGCUUGUUUGAGAAACGACUGGCGGGGUAAAAAAAAAAAAAAAAAAAAAUGUACCGCAAAACACAAUAUCGAUUGUGGGCGGCGUUUUUGAUUUUCACCGUGACGCGAUAUUAUUCGACCCGUCUUAAAGGCUCGUACGCACUAUCCGCGUCAUCCCGCGCGUAAUAUAAUUUUCUGCCGAUCGUUACAUGUGUACGAUUGGCGUGACGCGACGUGUGAACACGCAAUCGCACGUCGCACGCGUCAGCUGCCGAUCCAGUUUUCCGAUUUUUGUCAGUCGCGCGAAGCCGUGUGAAGGCACGACACGGCGGCAGAGAUCAUUGCGGCAUGCGCAAUGACUUGUGCCAUGCUACACGGUUUCAAGAACAAGCACUGCGGAAACCGGGUCGAGAGAGAAACCGACAGAGCGUUGAAUUCCCCUUUGUUCACACGAAAAUCCAUUUGAAAUCUCUUGUUCGGCUUUUCGGGCCACUGUGGCGCACGAGAUGACGAAAUUCACUGUAUGCGCCCUUCGGUGCAGAUUGUUGGGAUGUAUGCGCCCACGGUUUCCCGUUUCCGCCGUUAUUUACUAUCGCGGACGCUAAAACUGCUACACACUCGUCUGCCUCGUCGAGUUCAUCCCGGCCCAUAAUUAGAUUGUUGUGAUUUCAGCGACGUGUUUUCAGUGCGGACGAACGCAAACCAAACGUUGUUUCUUAACCAUUCGGAAAAAAAAUCCACAGUCGUCGACCCAAAAGCCAUAGUUUUGUUAUAAGUGUACUUAAUUUUCAUUAUAAUUAUGUAUUUUCAAUAAGGUUGUAAGGUUACGAAAAAAACGAGGAAAAAAACCAAUAGUUCUGUUGACCGAGUAUUACGUUCAAAAAACAAUAUUCAAACUCGUCGUGUGCCCCGAGAUCUGGGUAAUUCACGUUUAAGUUAAUAUUUAUUUAUGUCGAUAAUUUCCUUAAUUCCUUUAUUAUUUUUCAAGUCAAUCUGGGAACAAACAUUUUGGAUACCUCAAUAGUUUUAAGAAAUGAUAAUUAUACAGCGCGUAAAAACAAAAUAAGUAAUAAAUAUUCAAGAUUAUCGGAACCGAAAAUCAUUACGUCAUACCAGUAUAGUAAGGAUCAAUAUUUUAAAAUUGAAAUCUUAAAAGGCAAUCGAAAACAAAUAGAAGAAUUUGAAGAAGUCACAAAUGUUGAAGAAAGUAAUAAACGAUGUUUGAUUAAUUUAACUAUGGCCCAAUCGCAAGUAUUACAUGAUGGUAAUUAAUUUUUAAUUAAUUUUUUUUACAAGUUAAUAAAAAAUUUAAUUUCAGGUGGUUGUCUGCUAAUUAAAAAAGGUAUAUUUCCGGUAGAUGUUAAGCUUACUAAAAUAAAUGAUCCAGCCAGCCAAGUAGUGUCGAAGAAAAAUUAUAAUGGGGAAAUUAUAAUUAAUAACGUCAUUAAUGUUAAAAAAUAUUCCGAACCGAGGUAAUAACAGAUUCUAUUCUAUAAGUUAUCAUUGAUGUACAUUGUCAUUAAAUAAAUUACUAAUAUAGAAAAAUAAAAAUUUAUCUUGUAAGAGUGCUCUGAAUUGAGGUUGAAUGAGAGAGGACAGGGCGUUUCAAAUAUGUGUAACUGAACUUCUUUUAGAAUAGUUUAUUGUUGUGUAGGUAUAGAUUUAAAUUAAAUUUAUCUCACGUGCAACAGAUGCACAAUUUCGGCAGUUUCAUAUUUUUAACAAAUUUAAAAGCGCAAAACUUUUUACAUAUUUCAUUGAACUCUAAUUUUUAAUUUUUCUAUAUUAAGUUUCAGAAAAAAAAAAAAAAAAAAUGUUAAAAAAUUACAAAAAAUUUGAAUCCCUAAGAUUUAAAUCAGUUUCUAGUUUUUAAAAUUGAAAGAAUAUUCAAUGUGACUUAAUUUUAAAUUGUUCAUGCAAAUUGGUUUUUGAAUAAAAUAUAUGUAAUCUCCUUUGGUUACUCUCCCCCCUAAAAAAAAAAAAAAAAAAUAUUCUCACUAAUGCUUAAGGUAUCUAGAAUAUAUGAUAGACGAGGUGAAGAGGGAGGAUCACUCUUCGUUCAAUUCACAGCACACACCUGAUCAUCCCAAAUAAAACCAAAUAAUUUAUUAUGUAUCAGAAUCUAAAUAAAAGUUAUUCAAAUUGCGUUGUUAUAUUUGUAUACACAUAUGUUGAUAAAACACAGUUUGUAAUUAACAAACUCGUAGAAAAAUAUUAAAUUUGAUUAAAUGUUUUUUUUGAAUUUUAUUUGUAGUUCUGAAACAAAAUCAAAAAUUAAUUCAUCUACAGAACGAAUUACCAAUUUCACAAAGUUACCUGAGCAAACAAAUCAAAUUGUGAAAAAUCUUCAAACUCCAAAAUUAGGUAAUUUACUUUUAAUGCAAAUUACUAUUUUAAUAAUAGAGUAAUUUAUUUUAGAUUCUGAGUUCUUAAUUUGUUUAUUUCUGGACUUCAUGAGUUCAAUAGUAACAAUUAUCAGCUGCAUAUAUUUCUACCGCUGAUAGUUGAGGUACUACCAUAAUAAUAUAAUUAUGUAUUUGAAGUAGUUAUCUUAUUAGAAUGAUCAGUAAGUUAUGUUUCUAUUUUGAGUUUAUAUUAUUGGGUUAAAAUCCAAUAAUCGCUGUCUAAUUUACAUGUUAAGCCACAUGUGUGUGUUUUAAUAGGUUUUUUCUUUUUACUCUUAGUAAACCUACUUCUUUGAAGAAUUAUCAAGUUUGGAUCAAUGACUAGGUUAAUUUGUUUCAUUUUACCUCUGAUUUAGUUCUUGAUGAUUUUUAUCAACUACUUGGUUUACUAUAGAUUUGGGACACUGGAGCAGUAUCUGGUUUAAAUAAACUGGUGGAUUUGGUUUUCCUUCAGAGUCUGUAGAUUCCCUAAAAAUAAUUAUUAUUGCAAUAGUAUCAUUAGAGCCUGUAAAAAAGAUUAAUCACAAGAAGUUGUAUGGCUAAUACUACUCUGCUUAGAAUAAUUUUUCGAGUAUAAUAAUAUAUUGUUGCUUACAGUUCAUAAGCCAAAUUACUGUAUCUUAUACUAUCCCUGACUGUAACAACAAUGAGCUUCUCAUUGUGCGAUGUAUGUCCAACCUUUUACUUUCACUAAAAAAAAUAUAUGUUUGUUACACAGUUAAAAAUAAAAAAAAACAUUCCAAUAAUUCUAAAACUGAAGAAAAUGACAUAGCUACAGCUGAACCAAAACGUAAACGUUUUGAAGCAAGAAGUGAAGUGUCUGAAUCAAUGUCAAAAAAAAAGGGUAAUCUUUUUUAAAUUUAGUAUUUAUAUUUUACUGCCUAAUACUUUCAUUUUUUCCCUUAGUUUUGUUAAAAAAAAUAUUUGUAUUAAAUUAGGUAAUCGGGUUCGAAAAUUAGUUAUUAAUCAAGGUGAUUCUACUAUUCAAAAAAAACAAGUGUGUACCAAUGUGAAUGUAUUGUCGCCUUUUAAAGUGCAGUAAGACAUCUUGAUUAUUUGUAUCUAAAUUAUAAGAAUAUUCUCAUUAACUAAAUUAUUAAAUUAACUAGAAAAUGGGUUUAUAUGUGAUUUUAAUUUCAUUAAAUAUUUUGGUUGGCUUUAAAUUUAGUUUUUGGAAAAUAGUAAGGAGUUAAUGAUAUCAAAAUUCUAUGAGUUGUUUCAAAUUUGUAACUCUUUCAUUGUUUAUGUAGAGGUAAUUUACUUGAGAUAGUAACCAAAUUAUUUUCUUCAGAAUCUUAUAAAACUAAUUUUUUUUCCAUGCAAAUUAAUAAGCAGUUAUUAAUAAUUAAUAUGUUAUUUCAAAUUUGCAUUGAUUAAAAAAUUACUAAGUUUCACUGUUUUUUUUUCUUUUAAAAUAUUAGCUCCUAUCUAUAAAAUGACAUAUAAUGCACAGUUCUUAUAUUAGCCAACUGUAAAGUGGCUUAUACAUUUUUUUUCAUUAUUGUUUAUCUAAGAUUUAAAUUGUUUGAAUUUCAGUUGUAAUAAUUCUAAGAGAAAAUUGAAAAAUAGUUCAUCUACUACUGUUGUUAAUAAUGAAAAAAAAAUUACUCAAUCUUCAAAGUUAAAUGGGCCAUUAAAGGCAAAUGUGAAUAAUAACGUUAAAUGUAUAAGAUCAGGUAAUUUACUUUAACAAAAACUUAAUUUUGUUUUUACAAAUUAAAAAUGAUUUUUUUUUUAGUUGGCAGAUCAAAUCCUAUUGAAAAUGAAAUUUUACCAGCAUCAUCUAAUACACCUAUAAUAAAAGGUAUUUUAUUUUCAUUUUUUUUUUUUCUAUGUUUUGAGUAUAAUAUUAAAUGCUUUAUUUUUUUAGUUGGCAGAUCAAAUCCUAUUGAAAAUGAAAUUUUACCAACAUCUAAUACACCUAUAAUAAAAGGUAUUUUAUUUUCAUUUUUUUUUUUCCUGUGUUUUGAGUCUAUAAUACUAAAUGCUUUAUUUUAUUAGUUGGCAGAUCAAAUCCUAUUGAAAAUGAAAUUUUACCAGCAUCUAAUACACCUAUAAUAAAAGGUAUUUUAUUUUCAUUUUUUUUUUUCUAUGUUUUGAGUAUAAUACUAAAUGCUUUAUUUUUUUAGUUGGCAGAUCAAAUCCCAUUGAAAAUGAAAUUUUACCAGCAUCUAGUACACCUAUAAUAAAAGGUAUUUUAUUUUCUAUGUUUUGAGUAUAAUACUAAAUGCUUUAUUUUUUUAGUUUGCAGAUCAAAUCCUAUUGAAAAUGAAAUUUUACCAGCAUCUAAUACACCUAUAAUAAAAGGUAUUUUAUUUUAAUUUUUUUUGAAUGUAUUGAGACUAUCUAUAAUACUAAAUACACCAGUUUAUUUAAAAAAUCUGGAAUUUGUAUAAUUUAGUUUUUCAUAGUACUUUUUUUUUUAUUAAAAGAUAUUUGUUACCAUACUUUACACAAUAAUUUUAGUUCUAUCGUUGUGUUAUAAUUUUGGAAUUGUUACAAAGUAAAAUUGUUUAAUUUUUAAUAGACAACCAAGAAUUAAAAAUGUCUUAAUGAAUUUAUGACUUGUUAAAAUUACAAAGCCGAUAGAAAUUGUAACAGCCAGAGAAAACUGUAAGACUUGUUGUUGAUGGAUUUCAGUAAACAGAUUAUGAUUCUUUAUGUUCUUUAGUAGAACAUGUCGAAAUUAUUUUUAAUUUAAAUUCUCAUGUGUAAAAGACAAAAUUUGAUGGUUUAAUUUAAACAUGUUGUAUGUACAAACUAAUGAUUUUACAUGAGAGCACAGAUUCAUUCACAUUUUAUUUUUUUAUAGUACUUAUCAUAAAAUUCUACGCUAUCUAUUGGCUUAUGUUCUAAAUCACUUGCCACAUAUUAAAAAACGUACAAUUAAUCUUAGUCUUAUACAAUUAUACACUUAACUCAUCUUCGUCGAAAAAUGCACUUGUAAAUAUUUUUGAAUUGUGUCACCAUUAUUGAUAUAUAUAUUUAUAUAUUCAAAGUAUAAUUUUUUUUUUUCUAGUGAAUUUAAAGAACUAUAAUUUGUUUUGAAAAUUGAAAUUGCUUUAAUACAAUUCCUAGUUUUCUCUGGCUUUAAGGUCUAUAAAUUGACCAAAAUAUAUACAGUCACCAAUUCCAUUAACAUAGUAAUUAACUGAAGUGAAGUUAUUUGUGUGCAAUAUCUUGGCAACAUUUACAAUUUUAAUCUAUACUGGAGAUCAGCCUGGGCCGGGUCAGCCUUUACACAGCUUGGACUGGAUCAGGUCAUUAAAAAAAAAAAAAAAAAUUGGAAUAUUAUUUUCAAAAUGAAUAUUUUUUAUUUAACUAUAAUAUAUUGAUCUAAAAUUAAUUUUUCCCCCAAACAAUUUAAUAAUUAGGAUUUAUUUUUGUUUACAUAAAAUUACCUAAAUUUUAUAUUUUUUUUUUCACCUCUACUUGUUCUCUCAGUAGUUUGUUUAUAAUAUAUCCACUCUAUAUUAUAAAUAGUUACUAAUGAGACAAAUUAACUAUAUUUGUGUUAUAAUAUAGGUCGGGUUCAAUUUGUAACUUAAUUUUUAGGCUAAAAAAAAAAUUUGCCUAUGCUGAUUUCUAUUAUACAUCCAUUGGCUAACAUCUGACAUUUAUAAGGGUUGAAAGUUUGAUCAAACUGGUCAAUAACAGCAAUAUAUAUUUUAAGUCAUUAAUUUUUGUAAAUAUAACUUAUUUCAGUAUAUGAUACUUCAUUAAUAGACAAAAUGAUAAUUGAAAAUAUCGAAGAAAAUGAAAAAAUCACUGAAGACAUUAACACUGAAGAAGAUAGUGUUUUAUUGGUUGAGGAUGAUCCAGUUAAUUGUAAUACUCCACGAAGAUGGUUGCAAGAAAUAAAAACAAUUACUAAGGUAACAACCAUUAUAAAGACUAGAGAAAUACCUGCUGAACAAGAAAAGUGAAAAAUUGGCAUUUUUAUAAAUGUAAAAAUAUACAUUGAAAUAAUAUUUUGAAUAAACUGUUUUAUAUCA